ACACAGUGCUGACAACAUGAAAACACCUUGAAUUUUUCAAGAUUGGCAACACGCAACCCUGUUGUUUUUCUUUCCGUUCUGUAAACUGAAACGUCAAGAUGGCUGAGGUCGACGAAACUCUUAAGAAGAAGCGUACCUUCAAAAAGUACACCUACCGUGGUGUCGAUUUGGACCAAUUGUUGGAUAUGCCCAACAAGCAAUUGGUUGAAUUGAUGCACAGCCGUGCCCGCAGACGUUUCUCCCGUGGCUUGAAACGCAAACCAAUGGCCUUGAUCAAGAAAUUGCGCAAAGCCAAGAAGGAGGCUCCACCAAAUGAGAAGCCCGAAAUUGUCAAGACCCACUUGAGAAACAUGAUCAUUGUUCCCGAAAUGACCGGUUCCAUCAUUGGUGUCUACAACGGCAAGGACUUCGGUCAAGUCGAAGUUAAGCCUGAAAUGAUCGGUCAUUACUUGGGUGAAUUUGCUUUGACCUACAAACCCGUUAAGCACGGUCGUCCCGGUAUUGGUGCCACCCACAGUUCCAGAUUCAUUCCAUUGAAGUAAAUGUGUGCUAUUC